AUGGAUGGGGGAAGCAGGACUCUGGAUCCAAUACUGACUUUAAGGGUUCCCCCCUCGUCCACCGAGGACCAUCCAUCCACUCUAACUUCCACAAAGGGCAACCGAUCCACGAUUUCUUCCUUAUGCUUUCUACCCACAAUAGACAACAGCUUGAUAGCAGCAUCACCGAUUCCACCACAGUUAAAGGAAUCUUCAUCAAACGAACAAACAUCGUUGGUUUUAGAACACCGAAUACACGACGAAGAUGAUGACCAAGAAGACGAGUCUUCGGACGACGAUGAUGACUACGUUUCUAAAUGUCAAAGUAUUACUCAGGCCGAGCGAGUGCACGAUGCGGAUGUCACAUCCGAAGCGCGUCACGCAGCAGUCGUGGCAUCGUUGCGGGGGCAAUGGCUCGCCACAUGUCACACCAACGGCGACAGCAUUCUGUGGGACUUGGGUCGGCAAAAAGCAACGAAUCGCGUGGCUCCCAAUCGGGGUCCUGCAAUUGCUCUUCGUAGGUGCAUUGAAGGAGAGGAUUCUGCUACAGGCCUCCAUACAAAAAUAUUGUUGCAAACGCGAGACGAGAUGGGUACGGUCACCUUGCACGAUGCCCAGGCUCCUUGGCUGAGAGACGGUCUUUCCGAGACAGCUCGGGUGGAAACAUGUUCCCAAACGUUUUGUCAAGCGGCUCCCUGUCGAGGAGACUGGCGUUUGGUCGCUUUGCCCGCCUACGAGCAUGAUUGGGUAACAGUCCGUGAUUGGCGUGUGCCACCUUCCAAUACCCCAGUUUUGUCCAUGCCCGCUUCCGCAGGACGCGCUGCCACUUACGACGCGGGAGGGGUACACGAUAUGCUGACGAGUUUGGCAAUGUCUACCACUUCAGAAUACGGCCGACCUAUUUUGGCAUGUGGCAUGGAAAGCGGCAACGUCUUUUUUCACGAUUUAGCCAUGUUACGAGAAAAGUCGUCCAUAGCUACAUUUGCGCCAGAUGUCCUUUCCUCGGACGUCAAACUCUCCCAGGAUCCCAUAUUGUCACUGGACAUGAUGCCGUCUUCGUCUAUUUCCUCCGCGGGAGCUUCAGUUGUGACCAUUGCUGGAAUGGCUGGUGAUUCCUUAGAAUUGCUGAAUUUAUUAGAAAACGAGAGAGGCACAGUUGCGGUGCUGAAAACGACAUUGACAGACGCAAGCUCUUCGCUGGUCACUCGGCUGCGGUCUCGAGUCGCAACUUGCCGAGUACACGAAGGGAGCUACAGUAAACCAGGAGUAAAUCUCUGUCGGUUUCGUCCCGACGGACGUAUUUUCGCCGUGGGGGGAUGGGAUAGACGGUUGCGCAUUUUUGAUCGAUCUAGAAAGACGUCUCCUUUGGCGAUUUUAAAAGGGCACACUACGGGCGUGAGCGCCAUGGAUUGGGCAGCGCAUGCGGCCACCUCGGGUAUAUUAGCGACGGGGGACUCGGACGGAUGCGUCUAUGUUUGGCGGUGUUUUUCUUCGUAAGUCCUGUGAACUGUACAGAGUGUUGUCUAUUGAAGCAUGGUUAUUUCCUUGCAAGAUCAAUGAGCA